AUGGACUUCUCGGCUUCUAGAGUUGAUUACGAGAAAAAUGGGGAACAAACUGCGGCCAAAAAGUCUUCGAUCGGUGACUCCAGCAUUGACGAACCAUCUGCGCCUGCGAUGAGCAGGUACGGCAUCGGAGCCAAGCUCAUGUCAAAAAUGGGGUAUAGACAGGGAACGGGACUGGGGAAAAAUAACGAAGGUAUUACUGCACCAAUUGAGGUAAAAGAACGGCCCCAGGGAGUUGGAUUGGGCAUGCCUGGGAUGAUGAGUGCGAGGAGAAGUUUCGAUGAGUAUUCCGACGCAGAGAGCUCUGAUGAUGAUUUCAGCACGGGCGUUUCUGGUACUUCAAAAAAGGUCCAAUUUACUUCUGGUAGAAGUCAAGAGAUCGCUUAUACUGGACUAGAUGAAUUGCGGGCCAUUGGUCACGUAGAGCUUGCUGACAAGCUAGAGAAGAAUGGCAGUCACCAAGCACAAUCAAGAGAAGUGGGAAGAAAUGUCAAGAAACUCACAGAAAUCAGUGAGAGACUUGAGAGACUUCAGCUUCAAUUGUCUGCUCUUGACUUGGAAUUGCAGAAUUGUUCUGAGGAAGAAGAGGAGUUGCUCAGCAUAAACAAAGUUCUCAAUGAUGACUCAGUGACAAUAACCGAUAAAGUUAACUCAGUGUUAGCUCUUGACAAUCCAGAUCUUGUAGACACUAUAGUGGCAUUUCUGUUGAAAGAUUUCCUCGAAAAAUAUUCCUGGGACUUGCUCGAUUUUGACAAUGCGCAGUUGGUAGUGUUAAACCAUAUCAUCGGUAUGCUUUCGUACAGUAUGGAGUCCACGUCCAGAAAGCUGAACAAGAGUCAAACGACGGUCUACGAUAGAUUUUUCACAGAACUUCGACCGCUAUUGGAAGUAUUCGAGCCAACCGCAGAGCAGGUCAAGUUCUUUUUGCCGCUACUUCUACACUAUGAAAAGGUUCUGGAAUUCAUAAAUUGUACAUCCUACGCUUUGGGAAAUUACAUCAUACCUGCUUUAAAUCGCGCUAUAGGUCUAUGGGAUGUUUGUGGAGACACGAAGAAUCCGCCUAGCGCGUGGUAUCUCGAUUUUAGCGUCUUUCUCCCCCAGCCAGCUUGCAAAGCUCUUGAGAGCCAAAUAGCCACGAUGUUUGCCGGCUACUGCGAAAAUUGGUAUCAUAGCAAAAGCCCAGUGAAACCCUACGACAUACGAUUUUUAAGAAAAGCUCUGUCGCCAUCCGUUUACGAUGCAAUUGUUGCAGACAAGUUUUUACCGAAGUUUGUGGAACAAGUAUGGAACCGGUAUUUUGACCCUCUUCUAAGCAUAGAGGACCCAUCUGAUAAGUCCUUGGCUUAUUUCCUGUCCAAAUUCAACGAUUGUAAGGUUUUACUGUCUGAGAAUUACUUAAACGUUUUUACCAGAGCGAUUUUCAACGAAAUGAAUCGGAUUCUGUAUCAAUGGUGUUGCUUUUCUCGAAUCACAUUUGACAAGGAAGCCAAGUCCUGGUUUUGCGCCUUCAUAAACCAAUUUUAUGUUGACGCAACCACUUUCGAAUUUUCUGAAGUCGAACGAAGUCUUCACUUCUUGCAAUCGCCUUCAAUUCGUCCUAUCCAUAACGAAUCACAAACGAUAGAAGAGGCGUUGGGCCUGGGGAGCAAAGACACUGCAGAUCUAAAUUUCAAAUCUAUUCCGUUGUCGAAACUGACUGCGACUUUUAGAGAUGUUGUUCAAGAUUACUGCGACGAACACGGCCUUAUUUUUCGCAAAAUUCAGAACAGAACUGCAAAGUUACCGCUGAAUGGGAAAAGAAUAGUUGCAGUACCGGUGUUUGAAUUACAAUCGGACAAGUCAAUGUUUGUUGUUGCUAUUCAUGAGGACGUACUCUGGUUAUUGGAUGCACAAGGAGACUGCAGGCCGGUCUUCCUAUGGCAACUUGGCGAAAUUUUAAUUUGA